AUAUCAUUAAUCUUCACACACACUCGUGUAAUCAGCGGAUCAAGCUCAGUGUGUGAAAGCGUUCAGCACUAAGGUGACAGGCAGAGGGAGGGGUUUAAACUUGCCGAGGGUUGGGGAUCUGAAUGACUGUCAUCUCUCUUCCUCGGUAGUGUGUUUGUGUGCGUGUGUGUAGACGCGUGCAUUGAUUUCUCCUGCUCCACGACAGAUCUUUGCGCUCGGAGGAGUCGUUCAGGAGCACCAGCUCUUACUUCUACCGGAACGGACCGGACACCCGUGGGCAUGGCAGACUCCCACUGAAGCCAUCACGGAGAGAUACGCGUUCAUACCGACUAUGGCUGUAGACGCUGCGUCCAGCUUCAGCUUCUGCCGGGCUGCGCUGGAGCACACGAUCUCAGCAGAGGAGCUCAACUAUCAGCUGCCACGCAGAGCUGGAGGAAACCUGACCUGGCAUGAAGGACAUGAGCAGAGGGUGACCAGGAGGACCGUCAAACUGCUCCAGCAGCCCGGCACUGAGGGAAUACAGAUCCAGCCAGGAGAGGCCUUUACUGUGUACCACACCAGCCCGACGCUCUCCAGCUUAUGCAAACCCGUGGUGCUGUGGACCCAGCAGGACGUGUGUAAGUGGCUAAAGAAACACUGUCCCCACAACUACCUGACCUACGUGGAGGCCUUCUCUCACCACGCCAUCACAGGUCGAGCGCUGCUGCGGUUGAAUGGAGAGAAACUAGCAAGGAUGGGGAUCAUCCAGGAGACACUGAGACAGGAGGUUCUGCAGCAGGUCCUACAGCUGCAGGUCAGAGAGGAGGUUCGCAACCUACAGCUGCUCAGCAGAGCUUCCUUCGGCAACAUUUCUUAGCUCAUCUGUCCUUUGGCAGCUCUCUCGACUUCCCGGCAGAUACAGGAAGCCUUAUUCCCAACUGUAACAGACAUUUCGAAAGAGAGAGAGACUCUGCCUGCCUGUGGAUCAAUGGAGGAGACUGUUAACUCGACACAGGUUUAACUGACAGGACUGCCUUUUUAUGAAGAAAUUGAUAGGAUUUCAGAAACUCAAAAGGACAAAGGCUACUCUACAACUGUAAUAUAGUGAUAAGAUUCAAGUUUCACCUCAUCUCUUUAAAACCUACAGCAGCAACCAGAGCCCUGUCAGACAGCACUUGGAUCAAGACCUCUAAAUGGAUCCAAACGUGAAGUUGAACCGUGAUCUCAGUUGAUGUUAUGGUGCGAUUUGUCUCAGUAGCCUUGAUUCCCCUCUGAGGUUUAAAGUGUUUGGAUAUCUGACAGCCUUGCUCUUUUAACCCAGCAACACUCACUCAACAUGGACGUAGAUGCAAUGCUGAACAAAUCCUGUUUCUACAAGUGUGGGAAUAGACAAUCCCUCCUCCUACCUCUCACGAUAGAUUGUAUCAUUCCAUUUACAGUAGACUUGAGGCAUGUCAUUUGAUUAUCUGAAACUUCCACGCUACAGGCUAAAGGGACUUCCUCACUGAUAAAAACAACUGCAUCAUUUCGAAGGACUUUCUUUUAAAAUGGACUUUGAACAUUGAAUGUUAAUACUAUCAGAUGUGCACACCUAUAAAAUGACCAUUGUUUUGCUUUUCUUCUCAGGACGUUCAUUUACAUUCUAUGCUGUAACCUUCAUUUAAGUGUCAUUUUCAAAUCUUGCAUACAAUGUAGUUGUUCAGGUUUUCUCCUAAUACAGAAAGAAUAUAUCAGAGUAUUAAUAUAUGUUUACUCUAAGAAUUAAGGCCCAUUCUCACCAAAGACAAUAACCAUAAUGAUAAAGAUAUUGUUCCAUUUUGCUAAAUUUAAAAAUACAGCUAUAAGGAUAAUUCAAAAAUUAAGAGUAGGGUUGGAAAAACUGAUGACUGAUGAAAAAUAUUGAAAACCAAUUUAAUGAAUCAGUUGGUUUUGACAUUGUAUAUAUUAUAGUUAUCAGUCUUGGUGUGAACGGGCCUUUAAAGUAUGUGUCUAGAUUAAUGUCUUUUGUAGCAGUCCCAGUUGUCCUUAUUUACAAAGCAAUAAUGUAAAGUGGUGCCACAUGCCUGCAUGGCUAGACCUGUUAGAGACUGUUUUCAGCUACGUAAACAAUCAUAAACUUUAGGUCUGAAAUAUACUUCACACAAGCGAAGGGUUCUGCAUUCCAACUGAAUUUGGUGUUGCAUUCCAAGAUGACUUAAUGUGUUAACCACUGCAAGUAAAUGUCACCCUGCCUAUUCUAAUCACCCUGCUCUAAAUGAUAUUCAAACUUUUUCCAAGAUUUUUUUUAUAAAGUUUCCUUCAUGGGAGCUAGGGAGGCUUUACUAUAGAGUCUAACCAUACUACUACAAAUCUUACGUCAAGGUGGGAGGUGAAGAGGGUUUAAAGCUGUUACCCAUUUCACUCAUUCAUAUUCAUAGCACCACACAUUGCAUUCAUAGCACCAACAAAUCCCCUCUGGUCUUGGGAUGCAUCAAGUGGGAUUCAAACCACUGUUUCUGUCAAAGACAUCAGGCACCCAACAAAAUAUCUUAAAAUUGCAGCCUCUAGUAUCAGGCACUAUCCCCUGUUGCUGGCCUCAUUUACACAGACAGACCUAAAACUCAUUUCUACCCAGGUCAUGGCACUAGUGUAACCCCUCUGGUUCUACACGUUUUGGACCAAAUCUGUGAUUUUGGCAGGAAAGGCAGACAAACUAAUAAGGGAGCCAAGAACUGCAACCUGUAGCAUCAGUCAUAUUUGUCCCUCUUGAGGCUAGGUUUACCCCCACAGCUUUGGGACAUGACACCAAUUUGACACUUCCCAUUUAACCAUUCGAACCAAUGUCUUCAACAUAAGAAGUGGGCACACUAUCAAGGACACAAAAGGCUGAGAUUCUAGCUACCACUUAAGGCCUGUAGAGUGAAAUGUAAAGCUCUUACCAAUUUUUGAAACCUCACUCCCAUAUGGGUCAUAGAACCGACAAAAAUACUAUGGCCUUGAAAUGAAGCCAAAACACUGUUUUGGCAAGGAUGGCAAGCACCCAACAAAAACAUUUAAAACUGAAGAAUCUAGCAUCAGGCACUAGUCGUUGUUGUUGGCUUCAUUUACACAGAAAAGCCUAAAGGUCAGCUCCAAGCAUAGGCUCAAACUUGUGGUUUUUGGCAGGGAAUGUAGAUCCAUUAAUACAAACUGCAGGUUCUAAUGUCAGUCAUAUUUAUACCUCUUGAGGCUACAUUAUCUACACACCCAUUCUAUUUUACCCACCCCGCUCUAGGUAUGAUUCAGAUCAUUGUCUCUGACAUGAGAAGUGGGUACACUAACAACACACCCUCUAACCUUCUUUGAGGUUUGCCCUUACAACUAAUACUAUGGCUUCCACUACACAUUUUGAUUCGGGUCACGGCACCAGUGAGAACCCUUCCAUUUUACUUGCCUUACUUGAAGUGGAAUUCAAACCAGUGUCUAUGACAUGAGAAGUGGGAACACUACUAAGGACACAAAAGGUUGCAUCUUCUAGCAUUAGUUGCCCCUGAAUUUCUUGAGUGGGAGGAAUUAGGUUUACCCAUUUAACUAAUACUAGCUAGCUUCCACUACACUCACUGCAAUCUGGGUCAUGGCACCAAUGUGAACACUCCCAUUAUACUAACCUCACUCCAAGUGGGAUUCAAACCAGUGUCUAUGACAUGAGAUGUGGGUACGCAACCAAGGGCACAAAAGACUGCAGCUUCUAGUUUUAGUUGCUCAUGCAUCUCUUGAGUGGGAGGAAUGAGGUUUACCCAGACAACUAAUACUAGGUAGCUUCUACUACACUUACUGCAAUCUAAGUCAUUGCACCAAUGUGAACCUUCAAACCAGUGUCUAUGACAUGAGAAGAGGAUACACUACCAAAGAGACAAAAGGCUGCAGCUUCUAGCAUUAGUUGCUCCUGCAUCUUUUGAGUGGGAUGAAUGGGGUUUCCCAGACAACUAAUACUAGGUAGCUUCUACUACACUCACUGCAAUCUGGGUCAUGGCACCAAUGUGAACCUUUCCAUUCUAUUCAGCCCACUUCAAGUGGGAUUCUGGGAUUCAAACCAGUGUCUACGACAUGAAAAGAGGGUACGUUACCAAGGACACCAAAGGCUGAAGCUUCCAGCAUUAGUUACUCAUGCAUCUCUUGAGUGGGAGGAAUGAGGUUUCCCAGACAACUCAUACUAGGUAACUUCCACCACGCUUACUGUAAUCCGGGUCAUGGCACCAAUGUGAACCUUUCCAUUCUACUCACCUCACUCUAAGCACUAACAAGAACACAAAAGGCUGCCACUUCUAACAUUAGUUGCUCCUGUGUCUCCUGAGUAGGUGGAAUGAGGUUUACCGAUACAACUAAUAGUUAGCUUUCACUACACUCACAGCAAUCCGGGUCAUGGCACCAAUUUGAACCUUUCCAUUAUACUCAUCUCACUCCAAGUUGGAUUCAAACCAGUGUCUAUGGCAUGAGAAGAGGGCAUACUAACAAGAAAACAAAAUGCUGCAGCUUCUAGCACAAGUUGCACUUCACCUCAAGGCCACAACUCUUUUUAACACCAACAUAACCCUUUCUAUUUUGCUUGCCCUACACCAAAUUUCAACUGGUGUUUCUGACAUGGGAGGUGGAGACACUUACAAAGAUGCAAAAGGCUUCAGCUUCUAGCAUCCAUCUCUACUGUGCCCUUUGAGGCCAGAGCUGUGAGUUUUUCCCGACACAGCAUUUACUAGCUGGCCUCUAUUACACUCAGCCCCACAAACAUCACAACCAUUUAGGUCACUUCACCAACAUAACCAAUUCAGUUUUACUUGCCCUGCUCAAAGAAAGCUGAAGACCAUGGCCUCUAGUGUUAGUUGGUUCAGUCAGUCUCUAGUGAUAGUUUUCCACUUGAGGCCAAGGCAGAAAUGAUUACCCACACAGCAUUUACUAUUUAGCCUUUGUUAAAGGUUUCUCUUUGAGGUCAACCACUGUAAUGGCGGUAGAGUGGAUUAAAGAUGUUUGUUCAUUCAGUGUUUUAAUCCUGUUGGUGUUUGUUGGGUACGAACAUGACUGUUAUGUUUUCCAACAUAAUAAAUCCAAAAUCCAACUUUAA